AUGUCGUCGUCUCCUGCUCAAAACUCACCGGUGAGCUCACCGCCCACUCAAUGGAAUAAUGACGACUUCAAAAUGGCUCGAUGCAUUGCAGAAUUCUCCAUAAAUUCCCGAGCACCUGUCCCAUUUCAUGCAAUUAGUGGACGAAUCAUCAGAGAAAACCCUGAAAUCAAUCGAAAAGUGUCUGAAAUCGAUGAAUUCGUCAAGACAUUCGCCAACAAUUCUCUCGCUUUUUUUCCACGUAUUCAUCCGUGGCUUUAUGCGAAAAUAUUCUUUGUUUGUGAUACUCCUCUUUCGUCGGAUCAAAUUGAAAUAUUUUCCACUAAUGCAGACAUGGCAGUCGAUGCACACAACUACAUCAUAUAUUACAGACAAAAAGAGGGGGAGGCGGAGUUUGGAGACCCGAGAAUGAAGGAUUAUAGAAAAAGCGAUAUUCAGAUGAAAUCUGAAAAUUCGACGAAAAAAGAUUCAGAAGACGUCGAAACCGUCAAAAAAGCGAUUCAGAAAUCAACAGAAGAAAAACAAAAAGAGCAGACACCGAUUAUCGAUUUAACCAAUUCCUCUGAUUCCGAUUCCAACAAAGAUGAGGAAGAAGAGGGAUCGAAGGAGAAUAAAAACACAGAAAAGAAUAUCACUGAAACACCAUUAAAACCGAUGACAAAAAACGAGUUAUGGAGUGAGAGAGAUGAAUCAGAACUAUUAAAAUUCUGUGUCGAAAAGUGUCGAAAUGUGACAUUUCCAUUCAAUAUCAGACAGUUGUGUGAGGAAUUCAAGGAGACGAGUGGAACGAAUCGGACAGUCGAGUGUUUACAGACAAGAAUCUCCUUGACACGUUCAAAGAUCCACAAGAGGACAAAUAUCGAUAUGGAGACAAAAAUCAAAUUGAUUUAUGCAUUAAAGACACCGAUUGAUAAGAAAUUUCUGAGAGAAAUAUGUAAAAAUGCGGAUGUAAUAUUGAAUAAAAGGAAUCAAAUCAUGAAAUAUCAAGAGAGAAGACAAGGAGGAUUGAAAUUAAAUGUCUAUCAUAAUACUCACAAUCCGGAAACUAGCUUAAAGCGAGACGAAGAAAUGUUGAAACUUCUUGAAGAACUAUCUGUCACCAGAGAAUUCCCGAUUUCUGAUGUCUCAUUCGUCAAUAAAUUCAAAGAAUCGACGGGUUCGAGUGAAGAAAUUAAUAGUUUGAAAUACAGAUAUCGACUCGUCAAAAAUCGAAUUUUCGAAUGUUCGGAACUCGAUAUGGAUACAAGAAUCAAUAUGAUGUAUAUAUCAAGUACAAGGGUUUCAGAUAAUGUGCAUAAAGAAAUUCUGAAGUGGAAUGUCAAUGUGGAGAUUGAUUCCGAUGGAAGGAUUGAGAUGAAAUAUGACAAUUCGACGAAAAAAGAUUCAGAAGACGUCAAACCCAUUACCCAAACUAUGAAAGAACUGAAAAAAGAGAUAACAGAGGAUUCAAAGAGUAUUCAUAUUCUGAAAAUACCGAAAGCAGAAGAUGUUGAGAAGCUACUAAAUGAUGACAAUUCGAUGAGUCUCCAGAAAUUUCUCAAAAUUCUUCUCAGUAUAAUUGGACCAUUGAACUCACCAAAACUAAUAAAAUUGCAGUCAGAAAUAGAGAAGGCUGCUUCGGAAUCCGAUCAUAACAUCCCACUCGAAAUCAUCUCCAAUUCUCUCGACAAUAUUCUUCUUUUCGCCACUAAAUUUGCCACGAAUUUCAUCGCCAACGAAGAUUCCACGUGUCUAAACAAAUUUCUGACGAUUGUCGAAACGGCGACAUUCACUAUGAGCCACGUGGAUUUCAAUAAAAAGUUGAGAGCUCAUUAUGAAGAAGCUUCGAAUAAGAGAAUUCCAAUCAACAAGAUUCGCUAUGCUAUUGAUUACGUUCUGGAAAUGGUUCUUCGAUAA